AGUCAUUUCUUUUUUUGUGGAAUUAAAACAUGCAGCCCGGAUGGAAUGAGUGUCUACAUGGCUCAUGCUCUCCGACGUAUAUCGUAUGCCACGUGUGAUCCGCAGCAUUGUCAGUUUUCCGUUUUGGCACGAGAACCCAAAGGUCAUUUCAGUUUACAAUACUGUCACUCAUUUCUCACUGAUACCCCGCAAGAGGCUGAAGAACUAAGUACAUUGGUGGGUAGUGCUUUUCGUAUGGCCUACGCCCAACAACUACAGCGCCAGCAACCUUCUUCAUUCCACGACUUGAUCAGUCGACAGUUGGAGCAGCAGCGCCAGCCGUGGCACACAUCUGACACUGCAGAAACGACAGACAACAAAGCUACUGCCGUCAGCGGUGCUGGUAACAGCUUGAUGACGGGUUCUCCCUUACUGGGAAAGGAGGCAACGGCGAAUGAUGUAAUAUCAUCAUCUAGGCAAUGGGCAAAGAAGAUAGUAGGGAAAACACGCCAUAAUGACCCAUUAAUCAGCAGCGUUUUAGAACUCAACACAUCAUCUAACCCCGACAUGGACAUUGUGACUACUAAUAAUGGAACAUUCCACGACUCUGCACAUCCCUCUUCUUCAGGAUCAUCAUCUCCAACAUUCCUCGGUAGGAACAGUAACUUUUCUUUGGCUCUACAAGUUACAACUUCCGUAACGAACGGUGACGCAACAAGCGGUGAUCUGUGGUCUCCAAGUAGCAGCGAAGAUAACAAUUCUCCUACAGAACUGAACACGUGGAAGCAGAUGAAAGAAAAACCACCCCUGCUGAAAACAGUAGACGUUGGAGAAAAAUCUGAUGGAAAAGUAAUGAGUCAUAAUCGUCCUCUGUCGGGGGGUUACGUUAACGAAGCUUCAAAUUGGGAAGGAAAAAACAGUCAAGAGAUUAAUCCACUCUCUCCUAAGAAAAAUAGCUUCCAACUGUGUAGAACGAGCCAGUUACCGACGGCACCAGCCACUGAUGAAGAAAGUCUAUUGGAACUCUCUAGUGAUUUCAGCAGUAAGAGGUCAUCUCAGUCUUCUUGUGACCACAGUGCACCCUCUCUUUCCGAUUCUGUGGUAUCGGGGGACGAUAAAUCAGAAUCAGUAGGAUGUAGAGGAAAACGAAUAAGUCAUAGCAGUAGUAACAGCAGCACACCACCCCCACCUCCACCGGAAAGAUACGAUUCUCUUCACGCUCAGAUGUCUGAAGAGAAAGAACUUAAGGGUGCACCUUGGUUCCAAGCAGGAAUACCGAGGGAAAUAGCGUUGGAAGUGUUGGCUCAAGAGCCUGUAGGAUCUUUUAUGGUGAGAGAAAGCACGAGUAAACCAGGAUGCUAUGCUUUGUCUCUGCGAGUGCCUAGAGAUUUCCACCCAUCCGGAAUUGCCCAUUAUCUUAUCAUGAGAACAAAUCGAGGUUACAAGAUCAAGGGUUUCACCAAAGAAUUCAGCACAUUGACUGCACUCAUUACUCACCAUUCCGUCAUGCCAGAGUUAUUGCCAUGUCCUCUUUGUUUAUCUCGAUAUAAUCCAACAUUCCGUAAAUUGGACUCAUCUCAGGACAUGGUGGACAUCGACGAAGAUCCAGAUUACAAUUUACUUGCCGAUUUUCGUAAAAUGAUGGCGGAUUUAGAUGCAUGAUACCUGCACUAUCCGUAAUAACAAUUAUAGGUUUUUGUACAGGAAGCUAUUUUAAUGGCAUAAAUAUAAAUAUAUAAAUAUAAAUAUAUAUAUAUAUAUAUAAAAGUGCUUUCUUG